UUCCUCUUCUCUUUUUCUCCUCCAUUCACUCACUCCUUCCUCUCUUCUCCUUUAUUUUCAGUCAAUCAUUUCACCUCUUUUUUCUUCUUGUUCCGACCGACCAGUCAGUCACUAGGUAUUGCAAGCUUCAUCAAAAUUUACAAACGGCAAUCGAAAUACCGGUAGUUGCCGGCAACCUGAGCUCAAAAAAACGACACCACUCGACCAAUGAUCACCAACAAAUGGCGGAUUUUAAAAGUGCGAGCAACCUAUUUUUAUGUAACAAUGCUACUUCGAACUCUUCUAUUCGCGGAAUUUCUUUUUCCUGUUUCGCCGUGGCCGUCGCAACCAAUUGACGGCGGCGGAUGGCAUCUUCUUCAGGAAAACAUCGGAGUUCUGCCAAUGCACAUGCAGUUACUUCACAAUGACAGAGUCGUCAUCUUCGACAGAACCGACUUCGGUGCCUCGAAUUUGUCUUUUCCGGACGGAAAAUGCCGAACGGAUCCAAAUGACGUGGCUCUUAAACUUGAUUGCACUGCUCACUCUCUCGAGUAUGACAUCGCUUCCAACUCGUUUCGCCCACUCAUGGUUCAGACUGAUGUCUGGUGCUCUGCCGGUGCCGCCAUGAGCGACGGAGCGCUUGUUCAGACUGGGGGAUUCAAUGACGGCGAUAGGAGGGUUAGAAUUUUCAAGCCGUAUCCUAAUGGCUCGGAUUGGGAGGAGAUUCCGUUUGCUCUAGCUGUCCGCCGAUGGUACCCGACGAACCAAAUUUUGCCUGACGGACGACAGAUUGUAAUCGGCGGACGGCGGCAAUUCAGCUACGAAUUUGUUCCGAAAACCAAUGGAGCUACCAAGGCGUAUAGCUUCCCGUUUUUGGUGGAGACGAAUGAUCCAAUGAUCGAGAACAAUUUGUAUCCAUUCGUAUUUUUGAACGUUGACGGGAAUUUGUUCGUCUUCGCGAACAAUCGGUCGAUUCUGUUCGAUUACGCAAGGAACAAGGUGCUAAAGAUUUUUCCUGCAAUUCCCGGCGGCGAUCCACGGUGUUACCCGAGCACCGGAUCGGCGGCGCUUCUGCCGUUGAGGAAUCUACAGGCGGCAACGAUUGAAGCAGAGGUUUUGGUCUGCGGCGGAGCACCGAAAGGAGCUUUUGACAAAGCCGUGAAUCGGAUCUUCGUCGGAGCUUUAAAUACUUGCGCCAAAAUUAAAAUAACCGACCCGAAACCCGAGUGGGUCAUGGAAACCAUGCCGAUGGGCAGAGUAAUGGGGGACAUGGUUUUGCUUCCAAACGGCAACGUUUUAAUUAUUAACGGUGCCGGUUCAGGUACGGCCGGGUGGGAUAACGCCCGAGACCCAGUCCUGAAUCCGGUUUUGUACCGACCAAACGACUCCCCCGGUUCGAGGUUCCGGUUGCUGAACCCAAGUCCGAUCCCCCGCCUUUAUCACUCCACGGCUGUUCUCCUCCGCGACGGCCGCGUAUUGGUCGGCGGGAGCAAUCCAAAUGUAUACUACAACUUCACCGGUGUACCAUUUCCAACAGAGUUGAGACUGGAGGCGUUUUCGCCGCCGUAUUUGGAUCCAGAAUUUGAAAAUCUGCGGCCGAAAAUAUUGUCCCCGUCGUCUCAAACCACCGUGAGUCACGCGCAACAGUUAGCAGUUCGGUUUACCGUGACCGGCAACAAUGUCACUUUGAACGCGGUGGAGGUGACGAUGGUGGCGCCGCCGUUCAACACGCAUUCAUUUUCCAUGAGUCAGAGACUGCUAGUAAUUGGCGGUGAGAAUGUGACGGAUAUGGGAAAUGCCACGUGGGAUGUCCAUGUCAGCAUACCCAAGUCGGGUACGAUUGCUCCAUCCGGGUAUUACCUUCUCUUUGUGGUUCAUCGGGAGAUUCCCAGUAAUGGCAUCUGGAUCCGUCUCCUGUGACGGCAAUAUCUAAAAGAAAAUUAUUAUUCUCAUUUAUUCUAAUUCUAUUUUAUAUUUUCCCCUUUUACUUAAUUUCCACAUGGAAACAGACUACUUUGAGUUCUCUUUUAUGCUUCGUUUAUUUAGAGAGAAGAGGUUCAAAAUUUUGUAACCUUCUGGAUU